UGAACUGAGAGCAGGACCGACAGUGGCUGAACUAGAGAGCAGGAUUGACAGUUGCUGGUGUCUGUAGCUGAGCUGAGCGCAGGAUCCACAUGGGGAUGAUGUUUGGGGCUGAACUCAUAAGCAGGACUGGCAGUUGCUGGUGUCUGAAGCUAAACUAAGAGCAGGAUCCACAGGAGCUGAUGUUUGGGGCUGAACUAGAGAGCAGGACGGACAGUUGCUGGUGUAUAAUGUGAGACACAAUUACAGAGCUGGAGCGGUAGCUGCUGUUUUAUGAGGCUGAACUAAAGAGCAGGGGAGAUGCUGUGGAUUGAGAGUAUUAGGGGCGGGUAGGGGAUGGAACAGGGAGGGAGCAGUACAUUUGUGUCUCCUCCAAUCCAUUUCAUGUGGACUGGAGCUCUUGUUAGUGUGACUCUGGUCUCAGAGCAUCUAUCUGUGUAUGUCUGAGCUGAUACCGGCCCCUGGUGCAGGAGAAGGGGACAUGCAUAGCAGGAGCUGCCAGACAAGAAGCCUCCCAAACAGAAGACCCCUCCAGCACAACUCCCACCCCGCUUCAGACUCUAAAUUACUAAUCACCCAUUCAAUCUUCAGCCACCAUCUCCUGCAGGAACCCAAUGCCUGAUUGCUUUCUGCUCUGUGUUAUCAGCCUUGGACUCUGGUGACUUUACAUUAACUCAGCUGGAGCUGGGUGCAGACUUUUCUGGGAUCAUUGCAUGUAACUUAUGUUUCCUCAUAUCUGGGUGCCCCAGUCUGGCUGCCAACAUCUCCCAGUUCUUCUACAGGUAACUCGCCCUGCUACAAAGUCAUUAUCUUCCCCUGGUUUAAGGAUCAGAUGCUAAUCCCCUACUAUGGCACAGCCUCGCAGAGCCUGCCCUUCCCUCCUGAGCAAGAGGAAUCACUGAUCAGCUUCAUCUGUCCCUGCCAGGGAAGAGAUUUCAUGAGAUGCAGAACCGAUUGCUUGCACUUGCAAAUGGGAAUUUGGAGCAACGUUGAAGUAGAUACAAAAAUCACUGUGUCCGACUGGAGCAAAAUCAUUGACAAGUCCCCAAGGAUGAAAUUCCACGCAAAAGUCUCACUUCCCUCUCAUUGGCUGUUUCUGACCUACGUACUGAUGGUCUGCUGCAAAUUGUUGGCUGCCUCCAGUCUCCAUUCCCGUGGACAAGCAGGAUAUCAAGUAAAGCAAGGAACCUGUGAAGUUGUCGCAAUUCAUCGAUGCUGUAAUAAGAACCGAAUUGAAGAACGAUCACAAACAGUGAAGUGUUCUUGCUUCCCGGGGCAGGUUGCCGGCACCACUAGAGCCCGACCAUCUUGUGUGGAGGCUUCUAUUGUGAUCCAGAAGUGGUGGUGUCAGAUGAAUCCCUGUAUGGAAGGAGAAGAGUGCAAAGUGUUGCCUAAUCUUUCAGGUUGGUCCUGCAUCAGCGGAAACAAAAUCAAAACAACCAAGGUAACACGGUAGCAAAUAAGAAAUUUAUAUCGGUACAAGAUCAGAUUGCUGAAGAUUAUCAACACAUUGAUAUUAGGAUUUAUUUUCAAUUACUUUUCGCCAGAUGAAAGAGAUUUUGGACUUUACGACUACAUCUUCUCUUGUCUUUCCUGUUUGAGGAUAUUUCAGGGUUUCCUGAUAACUUGAAAAGAGACCUGUUCGGAUAUAUAAGCUGAUCCUGAUUUAAAUGCUCAGUGACAUAAUAUCAAGAUUCUCAAGGGGAAAAGCAGACUGAGUCCAAUGUCCCGGAAUUUGGAUUUGAUGGACAUGAACAUUACAGAGAGAACAACAAACCAGACUUUAAAAAUCCAAUCCCUUCUCGGCAACAUGAUGGACAAUGACGUUAUUCUGUUCCCUAUUUGCAAUACUUACCAUCGGACAUUGGCCUAAAACCAAAAUAACUGUAAAUAAGCAAAGACUUUUUUUUUUCUUUUUCUUCGUAUUUUCUCUGUUGAUGGUGUAAUAAAAAGCUUGCGUUUCCAUUUAAUUUCUAAUAGUUCUUAUGCAGAAUUUUUAGACUUCGAUCUGCUACGGUGGCCAAUUAAAAAUAAUAAUGAGUUUGUUUUCUGUCCACCACAUUCAUGUUUUUUCAGACGAUUGCACUGAACCAGUUUGUCAUUAGCGGAGAGAAAGCAGCGUUACUUAAAAUGUUUUUUAAGCAAAGGUAGAAGAAAAGCAUCUCUGUCUAGUUUUAUCGUUGUGUUUGAUUUACUCUAUCACUCUGCAUAAAUAGCGGUUUCUUUAAGAAUACAGACAGAUCUUUAUGGCAAUUUGUUGUCCUUGUUUCCAAUAAGAAAACUAUCUUGCUUUCUGGGCUACGUUUACAUUAAUCCUUUUUGGUUAUAUAUUAAAGUAUGUUUUUAGCUAUUGAAUCUGAUACUUUG